AUGCCGGAGAACUCCCCAGUGUGCUCAGAAGCCCUGUACUGGGACCCAGGCAGUAGCAUGGAGAAUGGACUCAAACCCAGCCCCACCUCUUACCUGCUGUAUGGCCCUUUGGCAAUCGAGAGUGUCACCAAGUCCCGGCACGCGGGUUUUCGGAGUGCAGCCCAGAACCGCAGCUUCGCGGCGCGGGCCCGGGCCGGGGUCGCGCAUCUCCAGCCGGUGACUCAGGGCCGCUCGGGCGGGGGGUGGGUGGAGGUAGGCGGGACCGACCAGGGCCGCGCGGGGGCAGCCGCCGGGCGCUCGGGCGCUGAGCGGUGGGAGCAGAGGCUGUCUCUGGCCCGUCGCCAUUCCACCGCGGGCGUCUGGCUCGCCGGGCCUCGCUCUCGCGCCGCUUCGCACCCGCCGCGCUCCCCUGCCGGACUGAGCAGCCAGGCGCGAGCGAAAACAAACAGCUGGGGCUGCGGCAUGCCCCUCACCCCCCGGCCCCGAGAGCAAGCCGGCCGGGCCCCCACCGGGGCGCCCGCCCAAUAUGGCGAGGAGAUCCGCGCCGAGCCCGCCAUCGCCAUCCUGACCUCCAGCCUGAUCCUGGGCACUUACCAUUACGGUAACCGGGGCCCACGCAGCAUCCUCGGCGGCGCUCACGGCGGGAGGCCAGAGCAGCUCCGCGAGGACCGCACCAUCCCGCUCAUUGUGACAGGAACACCCUCCAGAGGCUUUGAUGAGAAGGCGUACCUGGCAGCCAAACAGCUGAAGGCUGGAGAGGACCCUUACAGGCAGCAUGCCUUCAACCAGCUAGAGAGUGACAAACUGAGCCCCGACCGGCCCAUCCGGGACACCCGCCAUUACAGAGUCUACCUGCACUGUGGGGUCUACGAGGCCAUGUCCACACGGCUCCACUUGGAGACCUUCCUUGGCAGCCCUGGCCGUGGCCAAGGCCUAGAGGUUCUGCAGACCCGAAUCUCUGAACUGACCCAGGGAGCAGACAGUCUUCAGCUGAAGAGCUCCCCCACCACCCAGCUCAGGGGCCAGCACACUGGCCACCGGCAGCUGCUUGCAAACCUUCUGGGCCCUGAGCAGCGGCUGAGGAACAAUGUGUUCUCCGGGCUUUUCCGGAGACCCGGCCGGCCCUGCACCUGCGGGGACCUGUGCCGGACAGGGCUGAUCCGGUCCCGAGUCCGUGGGGCAGAUGUGGCCACAGCUGCUGUCCUCACCUUUCUGGACAGCCACUGUGAAGUGAAUACCGAGUGGCUACAGCCUAUGCUGCAACGGGUAAAGGAGGACCACACCCGCGUGGUGAGCCCCAUCAUUGAUGUCAUCAGUCUGGACAAUUUUGCCUACCUCGCUGCAUCUGCGGAUCUUCGCGGAGGAUUUGACUGGAGCCUGCAUUUCAAGUGGGAGCAGAUCCCUCUUGAGCAGAAGAUUGCCAGGACCGACCCCACCAAGCCCAUAAGGACGCCCGUCAUAGCUGGGGGAAUCUUCGUGAUCGACAAGUCCUGGUUUAACCAUUUGGGAAAGUAUGAUGCCCAGAUGGACAUCUGGGGGGGAGAGAAUUUUGAGCUCUCCUUCAGGGUGUGGAUGUGCGGUGGGAGCUUGGAGAUCGUGCCCUGCAGCCGGGUGGGCCACGUCUUCAGGAAACGGCACCCCUACAACUUCCCUGAGGGCAAUGCCCUCACCUACAUCAGGAAUACCAAGCGCACUGCAGAGGUGUGGAUGGAUGAAUACAAGCAGUAUUACUAUGAGGCCCGGCCCUCGGCCAUCGGAAAGGCCUUUGGCAGUGUAGCCACGCGGAUCGAGCAGAGGAAGAAGAUGAACUGUAAGUCCUUCCGCUGGUACCUGGAUAACGUCUACCCAGAGCUCACAGUCCCAGUGAAGGAAGUGCUCCCUGGCAUCAUUAAGCAGGGGGUUAAUUGCUUAGAAUCCCAGGGCCAAGACUCAGCCGGGAACUUCCUGCUUGGAAUGGGGAUCUGCAGAGGGUCCGCGAAGAACCCCCCAGCACCGCAGGCGUGGCUGUUCAGUGACCAUCUCAUCCAGCAGCAGGGGAAGUGCCUGACUGCCACCUCCACCUCCAUCACCCCCGGGUCCCUGGUCGUUCUGCAGGUGUGCAACCCAAGAGAAGGCAGGCAGAGAUGGAGGAGAAAAGCCUCUUUCAUCCAGCACUCGGUCAGCGGCCUCUGUCUGGAGGCCAAGCCCGCCCAGCUUGUGACCAGCAAGUGCCAGGCCGACGCCCCGGCCCAGCAGUGGCAGCUGUUGCCCCACACAUGA